CUUCACUUUACCUGACUGUAAGUAUCAAGAAAACUUAUUGCUCUAUACAAGACAUGUGAACAGGAUCUACAUUCCAAUUUAACUUGUUUAAUUGCUUUCUUGAAGACUGUCAUAUGUUAGCAUCUAUCUAUCAUCAUCGAUUGCAUUGUGUAUUUAUUUGGAUAACCCAUAGUUAGAUUUUAACAAUAUUUUCUUGCACUAAACUUGUAUCAACUAAAUCAGACCUUUAAAGUAUGUUUACAAUUACCAGAUUCUUCCUGUUGAUCUCCGUAGUUACAGCCUACAAUAGGUGACUUGUUUGCAGUUAUCUGUCCCAUCGUUACUUUGUUACAGUUUAAGUUCUUAUUGUGCCAAAUAAGUUACACGUUCUAAAAUGUGCUACUUUUUGUCCACAGAAUAUCUUUCAACAUGGACAGAGCGUUCUCUGACUAUGAUACCUGCAGCCAGAUGUCUUACUCCCCAUCAGAUGAUGAGGACUCUGCCAGCUUCCACACGCCUUCUUCUUACACAUCUGGACAUGUCACCUCGCCCACUCAAACUCCAGAAAAAUGCGAGGUAGAGAAGGAAAAGAGAAAGAGAAGAGGCAGAAACAGAGUGAAAAAUGACGGUGUACUGCACACCAUUAAAAAAACCAGAAGAGUCAAAGCUAAUGACAGAGAGAGGAACAGGAUGCACAACCUGAACUCAGCUCUAGAUGAAUUGAGAAGCAUUCUACCCAGCUUUCCAGAUGACACCAAACUGACCAAAAUUGAAACUCUUCGAUUUGCCCAUAAUUACAUCUGGGCUCUUUCUGAAACCCUGAGGUUGGCUGACCAGUCCAAAGACAAGCCUAGUGGUGAACUAGUGCAACAUUGUGUCAUGAGUCCAGCAGCCCCAUCAAGUCCUGGGAGUGAUGCAGGUUCUUGGAUGUCCUCAGCAUCUCCAAACUCCUCAUCGUAUUCAGUGUCUGCCUGCACCUCCAACCCAAGCAGUCCAGCCACAUCUGAAGACUGCUAUUAUGGACAUACAGAUAACAUGUUUUCUCUCCACUCCUUCCCACAUAACAUGAUCCAGCAUUCUUCUUGGUUUCUACAAUAUAACCAGGUAUAGGAUACAUAUAGAGUUAGUGCCUUAAUACAUCAGCCUUAUUUCUGUAUUAACUAUGUGAACUGAGUACACACAUAGGAACUCAGAGGUGAAGGGUGACACCCUAAAUUAUAUACUCAGAUAAUACUGAACUGAAUUGUAUGAAUUGUAUCCAUAUUUUUGCACUUUCUGAGUUCCACAAAUUCUUCUUUAUACCUUUUCUGAAAAUGGACUAGUGCCUCUCCCAAGUAAAUGAUGCCU